AUGACAUAUUUUACUAAGCGGCUGGAUAAUGGUUUAGGUACUUCGAGCCGGCUUUCCAAAACCGAAAAACCUCGGCCAACUGAACCUCAACCCCACCUACAACCUCAGCCUCAGCCUCACCCACAACCUAAACCUCAACAUCAACCUAAACCUCAACCGAUAAAAAAGUCUUUAAAACAAAAUAAGAGUACCCUUAGUCCCGCCAAACCUAGUCCCCGCCUCCCUUCCUCUAAUCAUGCAAAAACACAACCACCAAGUUCACCAUCAAAUCAAAGACAUACAGCACCCAAUAAGCUUAAUACCAAAAACCAAAACCUCCCCCAGGAGAACCCAAACCAGAAGCAACAUAAAACAUCUGGGACAAAAUUACCACUUUGUACAUUACCACCUACUCACGCACCUCUUGGUUUGCAUUCACCUCGUCCCUUUUAUGAAGCCAAGAUGCGUACUCCCCCAGUGCAGCUGCAGCAUGCACUCACCCUUUGUCACACUUGUCAGCUGCCCAUUCUUUGUGGCAUUCUGAUACGCACAAGUCUUGAAAGCACGUCUCCGUCUUGGCAUGCUAAAUGCUUCAAGUGCGGCACGUGUGGCAGACGACUAACAAGCACAGCGUUUUUCAAUAAAGACAAUGAACUGUAUUGUGCCGCAGAUUAUCAAGCCUUGUUUGGCGUACAAUGCUAUGGAUGUUUAAAACCAAUCACAGAGGCUUAUCAAUCAGCUAUGGGGAAGCAGUAUCAUAUGGGACACUUCUUAUGUUACCAGUGCCACACACCGUUUAAAAACGAAGAUUCCUUCAAGGUACACAAGGGGCAGGCUUAUUGUGAGCAUGACUACAAUUUCCUGGAUCAAAAGGAUGUACCACUUUAG